AUGAAGACAUUUGCAAAUAUUUUUCUGGGACUUUUUAUCUUUGAGACCAUUGUGGCUGCUCCUACAAUAGAUACCUUAACUUAUGACUCAGAAACCUAUGAUGUAGCAUUGGAAGACUUGGAUAAUCUUUAUGACUACAAUGAAAACCUCCCUGUGGAUCAGGCAGAGAUAGAGAUUGGAACCGUGUUACCUUCUGUAACUAGAAAGAUUCAUUCCCCACCACCACUGCCAAAAGAAGCUGAAGAAGAAGCAUCAACACCAAAACUAAUUGAUGGUUCUUCACCACAGGGGUCAGGAGCUCUUGGGCCCCAAACACAUGAUGGUCUUCCAACUUGCCUUCUGUGUACAUGUCUGGGGACCACAGUCUACUGUGAUGAUCAUGAACUCGAUGCUGUUCCUCCACUGCCCAAGAAAACCACCCAUUUCUACUCUCGCUAUAACAGAAUCAAGAAGAUCAACAAAAAUGACUUUGCUAAUCAAAACAAUUUAAAGAGGAUUGAUCUGACAUCAAAUUUUAUAUCCGAGAUCGAUGAAGAUGCCUUCAGGGAGCUACCCCAGCUUCAGGAGUUAGUGCUCCGCGAUAACAAGAUAAGGCAGCUCCCCGAGUUACCGCCUUCCCUGACAUUCAUUGAUGUUAGUAACAACAGGCUUGGCCGCAAAGGAAUAAAGGAAGAAGCAUUUAAAGAUAUGGUUGAUCUGCAUCAUCUUUACAUCACUGACAAUAACCUGGAUCACAUCCCACUCCCACUCCCUGAAAGCCUCCAAGCUCUUCAUCUUCAGAACAACAACAUUCAGGAGAUGCAUGAAGACACUUUCUGCAAAAUGAAAGAUGUUACUUAUGCCCGUAGAGCUCUAGAAGACAUCAGACUGGAUGGCAAUCCCAUCAACUUGAGCAAAACUCCUUCUGCUUACAUGUGCCUACCCCGUUUGCCAAUUGGUAGCCUCAUCUAA